AUAUUAGCAGGUGCAGGGGUGCUGGUACUACUGCCGCUGCUUGGUGUGCAACCCCGGCUUCCUGAUCGACCAACUAAUCGAUUCCUCGGUUCUCAUCUUUCUUUUAGACAACAGCCCGCCCGUAGCCAGACCUCUAGAUCUCUUCCAGUUAUCCCUCUCUCUCUUCCCUUUCCUCUCCCUCUUCUCUUCCUCUCUCUCGCUCUUACUUUGCCCACCUCUCCCCCUCUCUCCGUCCUCUCUUCCGAUUCUUCCCUUCUCUGCUCUUCCUCUCUCGCACCCUCUCGCACCCUCCCCCCCUUACCCGUCCUCUUGUCUCUAUCCUCGCCCUCUCUUUCUCUCCUCCGCUCCCGUCCGUCCUCGUUUCUCUCCACCGCGUUGCUGCUGGUUACAGCUCGAGGAGAGACGUUGAUCAUUGGUAGCGGCCGUGGGAGCAUAGAUAUCAGUCUUCGGAUAAGCUCUCCGUAUCUGCCUGCUUGCUACGCCGGGAAAGGCUUCCUUAACUCCCCCCGCCCCCCCUUCGCGAGCGCGUGAUUCCAUCGUAGAGCUUUUAUGACCCGACGCUUCUAAGCUCGGGGUCAAGCUCUGGCUCAGCAAGCCCAGGCACAGGCAUGUUCCAGCCUCAACCAACUCCGUUCGCCUACUCUUCCUAUGGAAUCACCAUAGCCAACGCAGAAAUCCCCGAGUACGCCUUCCAGCCCACGCCGCUGGGGCACAUCGGAACGGGGCACGUUGGAGGGGCGGGCGUGGUUGCAGGUGGACCAACCGCCGACCUCUUCACCUCCCCCGUCUUCCACCACCGCCACCACCACCACCACAGCUCCAUACUACCCGCCAGCAAUCCCAGAAAUCCCAGCCAUCAUCUUUCCUACAACUCCGCGAUACCCCACAAUAAUCACCAACAACACCAUAACCACCACAAUCAUAACCAAACUCAUCGCACCGUCAAGAUGGAACCACAGCAUCCAAACGACAUCGCCCAGCAGGAGGCCGCUGCCCGCGAUUACAAGCCCCAGCUAGAGGGCCCAUUGGUCGGCGAGAAGAGGCCGAGCACGGCGAUCACGGAAGAGUACGCCAAAGCAGAUCCCAUCUACGUCACCAAGACGAUGGCGUUGCCGCAGACGUAUUCGCACUAUCGCCCUAUUCAGGGUGACGGCAAUUGCGGUUGGCGAGCAAUCGUGUUCGGCUACUUCGAGACCCUCGUUCGAUGUGGUGACCUAGCCCAUGUUCAAGGCGAGCUGGCUCGACUGACCAGCCUCAACACCCUCAUCGAGAACGUCGGCGGGCAUAAUGCUUGGCUGUUCGAGGAUAUGGUGUCGGAGACGUUCGACCUGUUUAGCGCCAUCAUCGCCGCCAUGAUGAACGACGGCGAUGCCAUGCCGCUGGUGACGGAUAGGUUCAACAAUCUCGAGUCCUCGCAGAACAUCGUCUACCACCAACGCCUACUGGCGUCUUCGUGGUUGAAAGGCAACUACGCUCAAUAUGAACCCUGGAUAGAGGGCGGCGUCGAGAACUAUGUGCAAAAUAUCAUCAUGCCGAUCGACAGGGAGAUCGAUCACAUAGGUGUCGUAUUACUCCACGGCGUCCUGCUCAAGCCGGCGAAUGUCGUCCUGGAGAUCGCCUACCUAGAUAGGAGUGACGGGUCUAAGGUCAACACGCACAGGAUGCCCGAGGAGGCCAACGACCAAGAUCCAACCACGUUGGGGCCCAUAAUUUACCUACUCUACCGUCCCGGACACUACGACAUUUUGUACCGCGAUUCGUUAAUACAACCGGCGCCCAUCCCUCCUCCACCAACCUCGUUACAAAUCCACCGGGCGACGUCCUUGACGCAUCCCCCCGAGAUUGAGCACACUAUCCCGUCACUGCAAGACUUCUCGACAGUAGAUAUGAGCGCGCUGGCUAUGAUACCGGGUUACGCGCCGCCAGAUAUGUCGCCUCUAGCAUCACCGCCGGCCGCGCCGUCCCCUAUGACGGAUAUCUAUGUUCCUUCUCCUCAAUCGCCGUGGAUGCCGCAGCCUUUCUCGGAUACCUUAACGGGUCCUGCUCCCGCUCCACAACCGAGCCCUCCGCAACAGCAACCGCCGACGCCGAUGACUGUACACCCCCUCCGUUUCAGCAAAUACAACUUCCCCGAUUUAGUUGAGUCGAGCACCUUUCCCGAGCCUUCCUUCACGACGAACACCUUCAAGAACAGCCAUUUCAACGUCGCCCAUUACAACAACAUGAAUUUCCAGCCCGAGAUGUAUCGGCCCGAGGCGGAAGAGGAGGUACCUCACGCGAAGAAUAGCAGCGGUGGUCGGAAACGAAGUAGUGGUGAGCAGCAUUGCGCGGUCAUCAAAAAAGAGAACAGGGGUUAGAGGCGUUCCGCCUUUUUUUUUAUAACUCUUCUUUCCCCGUGGUCCCAUGAGCAUUGUUCCAUUCGGGGUCGGCAGCACUUGUUCGUCUACUACUUCGUCUUAUUAUGACAAACGGCGUUACUUGGUAAUGAAAGACUGCGCGCGGCACUGGGUCACGGCCGAUCCGGUAACGAUAUACCAUCAGAGAUGAGAUAAUGAGAUGCAGGCCCUGAGGUGAUCCGUCGAUGUCGAGGACAGACGGGGACAGCUAGGGAAUUUUUGUUGGUACCUAAUUGCAGGACACUGAACGUGAGACAGCAGGAGAUAGUGCUGCGCAGAUCGCUCUUCUCUCUCACACCCACACACCCACACACCUACACACACACACACACACACACACACACAUGCGCACACGCACACACGCACACACGCACAGCAUCAUGGUCGGCCAAGACUGAGAGCAUAGAGAGAUAGGUUGAUACAGUUUGGAGCCGAUAACUAUUAAUUCGAAUGUCUUCAUCCUACGUACGUGGUGCAAGGGUGCGGUGCAUACCACCAUGCUCUCCCGGCGGCAUUGUAGGGCGUUGCUGAACCGCGCGAUGGGGAGGGGAGGGGAGGGGG